CAGCUCGUACACGCACUGUGUGUGUGGGUGUGUAAACCCAGCUUUACACCCAGCUGAGCAGGAGCAGCUCACUUUCAAUUUCUUCACAUGUCAAAUUCCGAGGCGCCUAAUAACGAGCUCACUAACGGCGGCGGCGGCGCAGGAGCUAUGGUGGAGCAGACCUCGCAGAGGCCGUCAAGUAACGGCGUCUUAGCCGUCAAGAAGCCACCCUCUAAGGACCGACACAGCAAGGUCGACGGACGGGGCCGCCGCAUCCGCAUGCCCAUCAUCUGCGCCGCACGUGUCUUCCAGCUCACACGUGAGCUCGGCCACAAGUCCGACGGCCAGACCAUCGAGUGGCUCCUCCGCCAGGCCGAGCCCUCCAUCAUCGCCGCCACCGGCACGGGCACCACCCCAGCCUCCUUCUCCACCGUCUCCGUCUCCCUCCGCGGUGGCAACACCUCCUCUUCCGCCCCCUCCACCACCUCCUCCGAUCACAAACCGCAGCUACUGGGCCCCACCCCCUUCAUCCUCGGCAAGCGCGUCCGCGGUUCCCUCGACGACCCCGAAAACAACCACAGCCACAACCACAACCACAACCACGACGCCUCCGCCGCCAAGGACCCCUCCGACAACCACGCCAACAACGACGGAGCCGUCUCAGUCGUCGGGCACUCCAUGGCCUCCAUGCUAGGCCCCAACGCAGGGGGACCCGGCGGGUUCUGGGCCCCGCACUUCGGGCAGGUGUGGAGCUUCGCCGCCACACCGCCCCCGGAGCUGAUGGCCCAGUCAGCGCUGUCCCACCAGCAGCAGCAACAGCACCAUCAGCAGCAUUCGUUGUUCUUGCAGCAGCAGCCGAUGGGCGAGGCCUCGGCUGCCAGAGUGGGAAAUUACCUUCCUGGACAUCUCAAUUUGUUGGCUUCUUUGUCGGGCGGGCACGGAAAUUCGGGUCGGAGAGAAGACGACCAGCGUUGAAAAACCCGAUUGGGUUGGAGUUCCGUCCGUUGGCGGUGGCUGGUGGUGUGUUUUGUUGGUAUAUAUAAAUAUGUGUAUGUCUCUGUUUUGCUAUUUUUGUUGUUGUUGGUUGUGUGGUUUUAGCCUUUAGGGGAGAGGUGAGAGAGUUGGACUUCCUUUAUUUGAAGAAAUUUCUUUGUAGUAGGAUUCAUAAGGUUAGAAUUAAACUAGCUUUGGGUGGCUGGAACAAGAAGAAGACGAAGAAGACGAAGAGGAAGAAUAAGGGUUUGUGCAAAUUUGUGAAUUUUAAGCAAUGUAUCAAUGCAAUUUAAAUUAGGGUUUUUCUUAGGGGUUCAAAUUGUUUGUAGGAUUUGGGAGGGUUUUGCUGGGGGAGGAGAGAGAAUGAAGGAGAAGAAGAAGAAGAAGAAUAAGAAGAAGAAGAAUUAGGGUUUUAGCUGGAGGUUUUGCUGUUGUAACUGGAAAGGGCUUUCCAGAAUUUCAAUUUUAUGAUGAAAAUAUUUAUUCCAAUCGUCUU